ACAAAAGCGAAAGGCCCUGCUCGCAAGUCUCAUAUAAUCCUCGUUCGCAUUUCCUCCGCUGAGAUACAAAACCCACCCCUUUCACUCCCUCACCCCCAUAUCUCUCCAAUUUCUUACAUCAAAACCUAUAAAAGAACAUCUUUUUUGAAAAUUUCCCACCCCCAUUUCCCAAAUUUCCCGCGAAUUCUCUCCAAUUUCAAUUUCUCAACUUCUCAUUUUCUUUCCCGAUUAUUGUCGAAACCCUAGAUUAUUGAAAGCUCAGAAAUUGUGGAAAAAGGAGUUUGUGCAGAUCUGAUUGAGGACGAUCAAUAGACCAAUUGCUUGGAAUCCAGAAGAAAAUUUAAAGAAUUAAACUUUGAUUUGAUUUAUUUCUUUACCGUAAAGUAGUAUUUUUGGAAAAUCGACAAAGCCUUGAAGUGGGAUACUGGGAAUGGGGGAUCAAGGUGGAUUAGAAGAGAGCCAACCUGUGGAUCUUUCCAUUCACCCCUCUGGCAUCGUUCCCACUCUUCAGAAUAUCGUAUCUACAGUUAACUUGGAUUGUAAAUUGGAUCUUAAGCAAAUUGCGUUGCAAGCUCGAAAUGCAGAGUACAACCCCAAGCGUUUUGCUGCUGUAAUUAUGAGAAUAAGGGAGCCUAAAACUACAGCUUUGAUUUUUGCCUCUGGGAAGAUGGUAUGCACCGGUGCAAAAAGUGAACAGCAAUCAAAACUGGCAGCGAGGAAGUAUGCCCGAAUCAUCCAGAAGCUUGGGUUUAAUGCUAAGUUCAAGGAUUUCAAGAUUCAAAAUAUUGUUGGCUCCUGUGAUGUUAAAUUCCCGAUAAGACUUGAGGGUCUUGCCUACUCCCAUGGUGCCUUUUCAAGUUAUGAGCCAGAGCUUUUCCCGGGGCUGAUAUAUCGAAUGAAGCAGCCGAAGAUUGUUCUUCUUAUAUUUGUGUCAGGGAAAAUUGUUAUUACGGGUGCAAAGGUGAGGGAUGACACAUACAAGGCCUUUGAAAACAUAUACCCUGUCCUUACAGAGUUCAGGAAGGUCCAGCAAUGAUCCUGCUUAUACCAGACGGCGUUGGCUGGCAGACACAUCUGAAUGUAGCUUGCAGUGCUGUCGUAGGCAAUGCCUGCUGCUGCUGCUGGUGCAAGAUAUUUUUGGUUAUUUCUGGUUUGGUGGCGAAGGGGGGUUAGCACUUAGGUGUGAAUAUGUAACAGGAAUAGCUUUGUUGUUGUUGUUGGUAACUUGGUGCGGCAAGAUGAUGCGCCAGGGCAGGGUUGAUGGGAUUGUGAUGUUGGAGAAAGUUAUAAAUAAAACGGUUGCAGUUUUGAGUUUUGA